GCAAGUUGAUCUACUUUCACGGUGUGUUGGGGGCGUGCUGUGUGACAUCACUGCUUGGGGCUGCCCGCUGUUGAGUAGUUGAGUUGGAAACGGUGCAUAGGAGCCACAACCCAGCUUGAGCGCGGAGCAACGCGAGCGGAAAAUGCGCUCUGUUGGAGAGACUUUCUUAAUCGAUUCCAGCUGGCCAAUUGCCUCAUCGGGAAGAAUAAACAAUGAGGAACCCCUCGUCUAUAAACAGGCACAUAUUAUCUACAAACUUGUGGAUAUCUAAAACUGGACUUGACGAGAGGGAAAGGAUGGUGGACAUUGAUGCUUGUGACGGAGAGGGUCCCCCCUCUUUCAAUUUUGUUUAAAUCAGAGGGAGGCUGUUCUCAGUAUAUCCGACGGGAGGAAAAACUGCUCUAAAAUGAAGUUUGGAAAGAGCAUUUGCAUUCUAAACGUGGGUGGCACAAAAUAUGCGUUUCCCAGGGACGUGAUCAAGGAUUUUCCUCUGAGAAGAGUGAGUCGUCUGCACAACUGCGCCUCUGAGAAAGAAGUGCUGGAAGUCUGCGAUGACUACGAUCGGGAACGGAACGAGUUUUUCUUCGACAGACACUCCGAAGCUUUCGGUUUCAUCAUGUUGUACGUGAAGUAUGGCAAGCUCAGGUUUGUUCCGCAGAUGUGCGAGCUGUCAUUCUACAACGAAAUGAUCUACUGGGGUCUGGAGAGCUCCCACUUGGAGUUCUGCUGCCAGCGGCGGCUGGACGACAGGAUGUCCGACACGUACACCUACUUCUCAGAGGAGGACACCAAAGUUGAAGAUGAUUUGAGAGGCGAAGACGUGCCGGAGGACUCUGCCGGCACUGGGAGAGGGAGCGCAAAGUGGUUGGAAAGAAUGAGAAGGACUUUUGAGGAGCCAACCUCGUCUAUCGCGGCGCAGAUUCUGGCCUCGGUCUCCGUAAUUUUUGUGAUAGUGUCCAUGGUAAUACUUUGCGCGAGCACUCUACCGGACUGGAAAACUGCCGAGAACAACAGCGUGGAGGAGCACAGGUACACAGAGAGUUUAGAGCAUCCAUCGGGGAUCAUCGAGGCGGUCUGCAUUGGCUGGUUCACGGCGGAGUGCAUAGUGCGCUUCAUCGUGUCCAAAGACAAGUGCGAGUUCGUGCGGCGGCCGCUCAACAUCAUCGACCUGCUGGCCAUCACGCCGUACUACGUCUCGGUCCUGAUGACCGUGCUGACGGGCGAGAACUCGCAGCUGCAGCGCGCGGGCGUCACCUUGCGCGUGCUGCGCAUGAUGCGCAUCUUCUGGGUCAUCAAGCUGGCGCGGCACUUCCUGGGCCUGCAGACGCUGGGCCUGACGCUGAAGCGCUGCUACCGCGAGAUGGUGAUGCUGCUGGUGUUCAUCUGCGUGGCCAUGGCCAUCUUCGGAGCGCUGGCCCAGCUGCUGGAGCACGGCCUGGACCUGGAGAUGGGCAACGAGGACUACGCCAGCAUCCCGGCCGCCUGCUGGUGGGUUAUUAUCUCCAUGACCACCGUCGGCUAUGGAGACAUGUACCCCAUCACCAUGCCUGGGCGCGUGCUGGGCGGCCUGUGCGUGGUGAGCGGCAUCGUCCUGCUGGCGCUGCCCAUCACCUUCAUCUACCACAGCUUCGUGCAGUGCUACCACGAGCUGAAGUUCCGUUCGGCCCGCUGUACCCGCAGCCUGUCCGCAGAGUUUCUCAACUGACCAACCGGGUGUGUCCAUUAGCUACGCUCCCAUUCCCUACUGCUCCCCCCCUUCCCCCUUUCCCCCUGGCUAUCUGGACUCCCAUCUUGCCUAUCAUUUUUUUAUACAGCUUCAUGCUGGAAUUUUCCCCUGAAGAGGAAUUUGGUCGGUGGAUGGUUGUCAUGGUGAAAGGAUCCCCAUCAGAGCAGGGAUGCCUGAGAUGGUCUAGUUACAGCACAGGGGAGCUGUUUGCUAAUUCUGAGAAGACACACAGGAAGGGAAGCACAGUAAUUAACAGAGAGGACAGUCUCUCUCUCUCUCUGUCUCUCUCUCUCCCGGCCUUACAGUGGAUCUUAUUUUACAAAUGGUUUAGAUUGCCAUGUGCUGAUAGUAUCUGCUCACGACAAGCAACAAUUACUGCUUUGUUUUGUGACUCAUUUUAGGGUUCUUAUGUUCUUGGUACAUUAUUAAUUUUAUGGAACAGUGGUAUAUAAUUGUAAUAUCAACUUACCCCUACAAAGCAAAACUGUAUUUUUACAUUCAACUACACAUACCAAUGAUAUCAAGUCAUAGCACUGACUUGUUUGUGAAACGAGAAACCAUUACUUGAAAUGUACAAUGUAUUGUAAUUUAUAUAGAAACAUGCAUUGAAUAAUAUAUAUAUAUAUAUAUAGAUUGCAAAGCAAACCAAUCAUUUCCACUUAGGUAAUGAUUGGUUCCACAGUGGGAUAUAUCAGAAUCUACCCAACAAAAUGUGUUCAGCAAAAAUUACAUUUUGGCAUGUACUGAAAAUAUAUUUGGAGUGCCUCCAUACAUUCAGACAUAUUAUUCAAUGUAUUACAAUAUAUUUUUAUAUACAUGGCAAUAUAUUUCCAUUGCAUAAGGGUACCAUUAUAUAUCUCUUGAUAUAUCUCCUGACAUAUACUUAAGUACAGGGAAACAUUUAAACAAAACCCAUAUAAUUGCUGUUUUGGGUAAAGAAAAGAAUUAUUCUUGCUUCGUAACUCACUGUGUGCCCUCUCUGGACAGAUAGCAUCAAUGAAUCACAGAUGAUCUUAUAUCACCAAAAUAUUUUAUUUGCGUAUUUAAAUCAGGGCGACAUGGUAAAAGACUCACAAUCCGGCAGCAGCUAGCGGCUGGGUCCUUUUCAGUGCGUCCCAGCGGCUGUGGAAGAGUCACUCAUUUCUGAAGAUUCUUCCACAGCCAGACGCUCUUUGCUGGGUGGUGAAAACGUUACGGAGAGAGAAAGGAGGUCAGAAGCGUCCCCGUCCCAGCGCCGCGGCUCCUCCGGUCCGUGGCAGGACGCGUGACAGGAUCCGUAUUCGGCGGGGCGCUCUGAUGAUUAAUUCAGCGGAGUUUGGCGCCGGGAGAGGGUGGGAGAGGGAGCGCUGAGAGAGGAGCAGGCCCGCGGGCUGAGUGGGCAGGUGGGUAAUGUGGAACACCGUGUGCCACAGAGUGAGAGCGCGUCAUGGAGGAGUGGAUGGCACGGCUGACGCCACGCGGCCAAAGGCAGGCUUUGCUCCCCGCUGUCCUCGCCUCACUCCGGGUCGCUGCCGGGCCUGGGGCCUGGGGCCACGCGCGCGCUGGGACUGGCGUGAAGCGUGUGCCUUUUCUUUUUUUUCUUUUCUUUCUUUUAAAUAAAUACAUUUUUAAAAGAUCUUUCUGGCUCCCGGGAGCAGGGCGUGUGAGAGGACAACGCGGUACGACGGCCUGGACGCGCACUCAGCGGCGUUGGCCGUGCCACCCUCUUCUCCCCGAUCCGCCGUCACUUCUUCCCUUGGGCGGCCGUGUGAUGCAUUCGUCCUCCUCCGCAGACUCGAGCGACCCGCGGCCUCGUCCGCAAAGGGCCCGCGCGAGCCGCGCUUAUUCGCCGCGUCGGUCUGGCCCGGGCCGGAGUCUCAGCCACGCUCCGCCUCAGCCAGGCUAGAGUCUCCCCGGUUCUCCCCAUUGACCCGCCCGGUCUCAGUGGCUCCUGCCAUUGAUUCUCUCCAUUCUUUGAGUGUCUUUUCAUUGAUCUGCCCCCCAGUUUAAGUGUUUCUCCUCAUUAACCUGCUGCCGUAGUCUCGGUGAUUAAAUGCAACGUUUCCAGGGUUUCAAUCACUCUCCGUGCUGUGCUGAUAUGUUCGCAGUGAUUUUCGGCACAGGACUGCCACCGCUUCAGUGAUUUUCCACGCAGGUCCACCACAGUCUCAGUGAUUUUCCAUGGCAGCUCCCUCCACUGUUGAAACUGGUGUGAUUCUGUUUUACUGAGUGAAUAAAAUAUUUGAAAGUUUGACUUUUAGAAUGCAAACAGAGUGCAACCAGAGACACAUCAAUUAUUUGAUUUUAAUUAAUUCUUACAAUUUUACUGUAGUCUCGCAAAAUUGCCUGAAAAUCACCUUCCAUCCCACAUGGUAUCCAUGGUGAUUUCUCACAGCACUGUGUUUGAUGGCGAAUUGGAAUUAGUUUGAGUUAAUUUAUGAUUAAUGGUAGUUGUUUUGUGAGCUGUCUUCAGAGUGACAGGAACCUUGAUCAGCUUGCAGAAUUUGAUAUUGGUGGUCCACUGGGAUAAAGUCACUCAUUUCUGCAUCUCUUAAUCAGGGAAAGCAUUUUCUUUGAUCAGUUAUAAAUCCCCAUAAUCAACACACAGGCAAUUCAUUCAUAAAAUGAAUGAACCUACUAAACGAAAUUUUUCGUUUCAGCAUGCCUGCUUCCAGACAAUAUUAUUAAACAAGUCAACACAAAGGACAGAAUUGCAAUGAGAACAAAACAAUUAUAUUCAUGCUUCAAAAGAUACAUUAAUAACAAGUACAAUAAAAGGACAGUGGUGUACUCAGGGUAUUAAUGGAGACUACCGUACAGGUCUACUGGUCGAGCAUUAGGAUAUCCUUGGUUCUGUGAAUAUCUGGCUUUGAUUCACAGUAAGCCAGUGGGUCAAGGGUUGAUUAAUUGUUUGUGAAGUGAGACUGCUUCUGCUGGGUUGCUAAUGUUGAUGUCACAGUGUCAAACAUGGUCACAGUAUGUUUGGAUAUACAACAGGUAGAGCAGUAUUUCAGAGACAAAUGGAUGGAGAUUAUUGGACAGACAGGGCGCAUGACUCUGCCUUGUACGGGAGGGGUUAAACAGGAUGGGUAAUAUUGUAUAUAUAUAUACAGAAACAGCUGCCAUGCUUAAAGGGUUGAUAGUGGGUGUCACUGCCAGGGGGCAGCUCUACCUGGGGAGCUUGAUUCUACUCUCAUCUCCCUCCAGGUCUCCCCUGACGACUGUUUCAUAUUAUAAAUGCUAAAUUCUCUUAAUCAGGCCUGCCCCAGGAAGGCCAAAUUGGUAUCGUUAAAUGCCUACUCCUGCUUGAAUUUAUUUUAAUAGGCUUUUAAUUGGUUUAAAUAUUCGUGACAUCUGUUUAAUUAUAA